AUGUCUCUCCCAUCCCUCUUCUCCCUCGAAAACCGCACCGCGCUGGUCACAGGCGGCACUCGCGGCAUCGGUGCCCAGAUGGCCAUCGCCCUGGCCGAAGCAGGCGCCGACAUUGUUCUCGUGCAGAGAGACACCACAAACCAAACAACCAAACAAACCAUCGAAACCCUCGGCCGCAAAGCAACCAUCUACACGGCCGACCUCUCCUCACGCCCAGCCGUUUCGGAACUCAGCAAAACCGUCCUGGCCGACGGCCACGACAUCUCCAUCCUCGUAACCUGCGCGGGCAUCCAGCGACGCCAUCCCGCCGAGCUCUUCCCAGACAGCGACUGGGACGAAGUCCUGCAAGUCAACCUCUCCACCGUCUUCACUCUGUGCCGCGACAUAGGCGCCUACAUGCUCACACGGCCCGUGUUUCCGGGCACGGAAUCCUCCUCGCCCUCCGGGGGAUAUCGCGGCAGCAUCAUCAACGUCGCAUCUCUCGUCUCCUUCCAAGGCGGCAUCACGGUGCCAGCCUACGCAGCCGCCAAAGGCGGGAUUGCACAGCUCACCAAAGCGCUGUCCAACGAGUGGGCUAGUAAGGGGGUGAAUGUGAACGCGAUUGCGCCGGGGUAUGUGGCGACGGAUAUGAAUGAGGCGCUGAUCAACAAUCCGGAGCGUGCGCAGCAGAUUCUGGUGCGUAUUCCGGCGGGCAGAUGGGGCAGUGCAGAGGAUUUCAAGGGGCCGACGGUGUUUUUGGCGGGGAGGGCGAGUUUGUAUGUUUCGGGGGAGAUUUUAACGGUGGACGGGGGGUGGAUGGGGAGGUGA